AAAGCGACUCCUCUCUGGGCGUUUAGCUGAACCAGCCCGGGAACGAGGCAGUUUGUUGCUGGAGACCGAGUUAUGAUGGAGGCUGCCGAGAAGCUGGAGGAGCGAGCCAGAAGGGCGCCGCGCUUCCGCCGAGCAGCCCGGACGGUGGCCCAUCUCUGCGGGCUGGUCUUGAGAAGCAAAAGCUAUAUUGGAAGGAGUCAGGUAUUACAGUGGGCAAAGUUUUACCUGAAGAUGCAGAAGACCUUCAAAAAUGACCUCAUGUUCAGCAUCAGUGAUUAUUCCAAAAAACAGUUUCAGAAGAAAGGUUUUGAAAAGCUUAAGCAUCUAUUAAACAUUUGCCCAAAACAAAGAAGACAGCAAGACCUCCUGCAGAUUCAAGCAUGUCUGAAGACAAACAGAAGCUUUCAGCGUUUGCCUACCAAAGCACAACUCCAGUUAUGCCAAGCACUAGUCUACCAAGAGUAUGAAGCUGGAACUAUUGUUAUAAAACAAGGACGUGUGGCAACUGAAUGCUAUUUGUUAUUAUCUGGAAAAAUAAAAAUUGUAAUGGGAGAUGUAGAUUCCAGAUCCAAGGAAUUCAUCCCUGAAACAAUAUGUGAAGCAGAAGAAGGAGAUUUCAUAGGGGAAACCUGCCUCUUGACUGAUGUAAAACGUCCUGCUUCGGUUAUAUGUACAUCUGAUGCAGAACUUCUUGUGAUAGACAAGCAGGUUUUUAAAUGUAUUCUUGCUGAUUUGCGACAUGAACAAUUCCUUGCAACAUCUUACUUUCUAAGAAAACUCCCAAUAUUCUCUACAUGGCCACCGGAAAAAAUAGAUUUCCUUGUUCAUUGCUCUCUACAAAGAUUUUACAGAGCAGGUUCAACUGUUGUCCCUGACAGCCUGAACUCUUUCUUCCUGGUUAUUGUGAAAUCUGGCCGUUGUGUGGAAGUAGCAAAGAUGGAUGCAGCGCAUGAUGAAGAUUGUUCAGAUCAUCUUAAUCAAAUUUCCUCAAAACCAUUCUCAAAAGAGAAGAUCAAUUUCACUGGGCAACCUUUGGAAGCGAUGUGUAAAAUGACAUCUAAAUAUAAAUCUGGAAAACGGGAAGCACAGGUAACUGCAGAGACAUAUUGUUCAUCUGGGGUAAGAAAACAUGUCAGUGACCUGGAAGAGAAAGGCUUAAUUAUAAAAGAUAAUGAUGGGAUACAGAGGACAUACUGGACGAAGAAGGUACCGUCAUUAACUUGUAGGUUCCUGAAGAUUAGGAAUCUUGAACAGAGUGACAUUUUUGGCUUGUUGGAGGCAAUGAACAAAUUUUGUGCUCUUCAGCUGAGUUUGAUCAGUGAAGGUGCAGACUGUAUAUUUAUUCCCAAAAAACUUUUUCUAGAGGAAGCGCCUUCCAAAUCCAGGCAGGUAGCACUGGAGAUGGCGAGUAGCUAUCCUGCAGAGAGUGUCAUCCACGAAAGCUAUAUUGUACAACAAGAAUGGAGCACGUACAAGACCAAACUUAUCGGACAGUACCUUGAAAGAUGUCAUAGGAAAGCUCCAGCCACUAUUAAUGUUUGCUGGUGAGUGUAUUUGUUGUACAUGCCUGAAAUAUAUUUGGCGUACACUUGUGAUUUCUGCAUAAAUAAAAGAAUUUGUGAAAAACAAUCCAAA